AUGCAAGCACAUCAUGAGCACGGAGGCGGUGCCCCGCCGUGCCGGCGUCCCGACGCCGCCCUCCAGUGCCGAAGACGCCGCGCCAUGGGCUCGACGGCUCGCCUCGCCCUCUGCCUGCUGAGCGGCUGGUUGAGCCCCGAGAGCUGCCUGGGCGCGAAGGAGCUGUACGACCUGGACGUGGACUACAACAAGAACGUGCCUCCCCCAGGCGGAGUGACGGAGGUGGCCAUAUCGCUCUUCAUCAACCGGGUGUCGGCGGUGGACGAGAACAAGGAGGAGAUAUCGCUGGACGUGUUCCUGAACGUGCACUGGAAGGACCGGCGCGUGCGCAUCGCCUCGGAGGCGCUGGAGUUCAUGGAGCUGACCUGGGAGCAGCGGCAGCUGUUCUGGAUCCCGGACCUGUACAUCCGCCAGCUGCGCGAGAUGCGCGUGUUGUCGCUCUUCCAGGAGAUGACGUCACUGCGGCUGUACCGCAACCAGACCAUGCGCAUCAGCAUCGGGGCCACCGUCAUCAUCAAGUGCGACAUGGACUUCGUGCUGUACCCCUUGGACGUGCAGAAGUGCAAGGUGGACUUCAGCAGCUACAAGUACACCACGAGGGACAUGGUGUUCCGCUGGCGGGGAACCGCCCUCAGCUUCCCCAACGACUUCGAGGAGGACGGCUACCGCCUGCCCAAGUACGUGGUGUCCUUCACCACCGACAAGGAUGCCGGCCAGCAGGUCUUCUACGGCGAGGGCAACCACUCGACGGCGCGCAUGCACAUCACCAUGAGCCGCGAGCUGCGCAGCUACCUGCUGGAGAGCUACCUGCCCAGCUCGCUGUUCGUCAUCAUGUCCUGGGGCAGCUUCGUGGUGAUCCCUGAGAUGGUGCCCGGCCGCAUGGUGCUGCUGGUCACCACGCUGCUCUCACUGGUCACCAUGUUCGACACCGUCAGGAAUAACUCCCCCAAUGCGCUGGAGCUGAAGUGCAUCGAGGUGUGGAUCAUCUCGUGCACGCUGUUCGUGUUCUUCGCGCUGAUCGAGUACUUCGUGGUGCUGUUCGGCAUCCGCUACGACAAGCACUGGCGCCACAAGAAGAAAGACCUGGAGCGGGCGGACAGCGACGCCGCCGGCGCGCCGAGCCCCAAGCGGCCGGCGCUGGGGGACGUGGUGGCCGCGGCUGCUGCGGCUGCUGCGGCGACCGGCAACAACAACCACCACCACAUGGGGCGGCACCACCCCUCCUCGACGCAGCUGCCGCCGCUCGUGCUGCACCACCGGGUGGGCGGCAGCCGCAUCGACAACCUGCGCAUGUUCGGAACCAGCAAGGUCGGCCCGCAGGACGAUGGGGCGGGCAAGGACACCGCCGCCGCUACAGCCGCCCACAACCGAGCUUCCAUGGUCGCGGAGACCCGCGCGCAGACACGGGCGAGGGACCCGGCGGCCCGCCGCAGGUUCCAGCUGGCGGCGGAGCAAGUGGUGCUCUACUGCGGCUCCCAGCGGGGCAUGCUGGACCAGGUGUCGCUGAUACUCUUCCCGGUCUGCUUCUUCCUGUUCGCCAUCGUCUACUGGAUAUCAUACGUCAGCGAGGCUAACCUGCAGCUCUAG